GCCAGCCUAUCUUAAUCCUCCUUCCUCCACUUUCCCAAGUUCUCGUCUGGGUCUUUUCUCUCCCUUGUGAUGCGGUCGCGAUCCGAGCUACCUGGAACCCUAAACAACGUUAUCGCCAAGUACAAAGAUCACUGAAACUCCCCAUCAUUCCUCUCUUUCCGGUUCGCUUCUACCUGAAACCAUUGAAGAAGCUAGGGAUCUUCCUGUUCGCGCUAGGUUUCUUUUCUUCGCGCGUUCUCGGAUUUAUUAGGGCAAGGGGAAGAAGAUUGAAGAUGUCGAGAUCGUUGCUCCGCCGCUUGACGCCUUUGAUCCGUGUUCACGCCGAGCGGAACCAGCGGAUUCUGACAUCUGCCGCGGAGGAAUUGUCUCCCGAUGUUCACGCCGCCGUCUACAUGACCGAUAACUGCGUCAGGAGACUGAAAGAAUUGAAUGCCAAGGAAGAAUCUUUUGAAGGAAAGAUGCUUCGGUUAAGUGUUGAAACUGGCGGAUGUUCUGGUUUUCAGUAUGCUUUUCUGUUGGACGAGAAGAAAAAUGAAGAUGACCGAAUUUUCGCGAAGGAUGGCGUUAUGUUGGUGGUUGACAGCAUAUCUUAUGAUUUUGUGAAGGGUGCCACUGUUGAUUAUGUUGAUGAAUUGAUUCGCUCUGCUUUCCAGGUAACAACAAAUCCAAGUGCAGUUGGUGGAUGUAGCUGUAAAGCCUCUUUUAUGGUUAAAUGACCGCCACAACUUAUUGUCAUUGUGAAUUUAUCAAUUUAUCUGUUUGUAUCAUAUACUCUUUUCCCAAAUAAUUAUAAUUAUAAUCACGCUUCUAUUUUAAAA